AGGCGGGCCGUAAGGAUUACGAAAAAUGAGUUCUCCAGAUAGGAUGGAAAUAAAGAAGACAAAGUCAAAACUAGCAGAUCUGGCUAAAGAGAUUGCAUCAUGGGAAGAUGACUUGAGACGCAUUCCCUUACAUAAAGAACCAGAGAAAUCUAUUAGAAAUUCAGCUGUCAAGUUUAACAGAGUAUGUCAUUUUUCAUUGAGCGAAAUUUGUAGGAUAGCCUAGCUGACCACCACAAUCUACCCGUCUUUGCAAGGAAGGCUCGAUGGGAGCGUCUAAUGAAUGAUGGCUCACGUCACACUGAACAUGCUGUAGUUGGUGAUACAAAUAAAGCUCCUUCAUUAAUUCAACAAUCUGUGGCACCCAAAAUCCAAUCAGGUCAGGGUACUAGAGAAAAAGUCCUUACUUCUGUCACGUGUACCAAGGCUGACGUCCCCAGGGGAAGUUUAAGUCAUGCUGAGAGAGAAAGGCUUGAGCGAAUGCGAGAGCUGGCUGAAUUACGCCGAUCCCGUCGACCAGUUAUACCAACUCCUAAUUUAGGUUCAGUAUCUUCUGCAGACCCUCAUGAUUUAGAACCGGAAAAAGUUUCAUCCAGUUUUGUUUCAAGACAGGAGGAUGAUUUCUUGUUACCACCCCCUCCAUCACCCCCGAAUAUUUCGGCAAUUGAGAACCCACUAGUUACUUCGCCCCGCGGUACUCCCUGCGACAACUGUCAGCCUGUUUUAACGGAAGUUGUAAUGUGUGAUGAUGCUACUGUCCCGCAUCCCAGUCCUCCAAAGGAUAUGGAACUUGAUGAAGCUAAUUCUUCAAGCAACAACACUUUCAUCAGUAAUACACAAUCUCCAAAUAUUCAUAAUGUCAAUUCAACGAAUGUAAAUCAAACAGAGUUGGAAGAAGUUAUGCAAACAACCGUAUCAACAACUCCAACCAUUGCACAUCCCUAUUAUUCACGUCCUAAAAUUGGUGUUAAACGUCGAUCAUCAUUUUCGGAAAGCUCAGUCGAUACCUUCCAUCAAAUUAUUCCGAGACAAAGAUCAGUCACAUUUCAAAGGACCACUUCUGAUAUUACAGAUGAAAGUGAAACUGACUUCAACUAUGAUGAUGAUGAUGAAGAUUGUCCAACAUCUUCAGAGUUUUCCAGUCAAUAUGAAUAUUUACCAGAACGAGAAAAACAUGGGGAUAAAAUAACACAAAAAAUGGAUUCCGAAAGCGCUGGUGAUUCUGAGUUGUCUGAUUUUUUGGAUACUAUAAUUCCAAGUGAUGAAUUAAAUAAUGAAUUAUCCAGUUUAUCUUCACAAGAUCAAAGUAAUAAUAAAGAGAAUCAUCCUGAUCAUCGUUAUCAUCAACCAUAUUUUUCAAAAGAUGAUAGCGAUUUAUUGAUUAAUAACCGUAUAUCUCCAGUUCUACCACUAUCCGAGGCUGAACGACGUAUUCGAAGAUUGAAUGACUUACCAAAAUUGAUACAAGCAGAACGUGUAGUUAUUUUACAGGCCAGUGCAGCACUACAACAGUGUGUCAGUAUUCCUUUUCGUAAAAGUCCUGAAGACUUUGACAGAAUACGUGAAUUGGGUCCAGGUUCUCGGGUUCAUGUAGAAGCUAGCAGAACGAUGCUGAUAGCUUGUCAGCGUCGUCAAGUAUUAAUGGAAGAACUUGCAUUAUUGCAUAGAGGCUCUCCAGUUCUUGUACCACCUACACGCGGUGAUCCUAUACGUGCUCGUAUGAAACUAAACGCUAUUCGUUUAUCUCUUAAAACAUCUAAUAUACCGAAUGAUCCUACAAGUGGAGGUGGCUAUGUUGUUGUUGGUACUGGACGAGAAGCUGGUGGUUGGAAUGUUCCUACUUUAAAAUCUCGUCCUGACAAUCAAUUAGGCCAACCGACAUGUUAUCAUUUAAUUGGUAUUAUAAAAUGCCGUGGUGAAGGUCGGUUGUAUCAUAGUGAACUAGUUACCUUAAUGCAUGUGAGCGACUUACCUGUGGGAAUGUACCGACCUGCUCCUUAUGUAGAUUUGCCGGCAAAGCUAGAGAUUGUACCAGUUAGACCAGAUUUUGUAUUUCAAUUAGAAAUUUACUGUAUGCGUACUGGAACAGAUAGACCUAUGAAUAAUUGUGCAUAUGGUUCACCUCGUAUACUUGGAACAUCAUUAGUUUAUGGCGAUGAUAUUAGUAAUGAUAAUGAUAGUAUGAAUAGUUUUAAAACUCCACAGAAUAAAUUAUUACAUUUAAAGAAUUCAACAUCACCUGUUACUUCAUCAAAUCAUAAGAAAUCACGAUAUGGUCAUACUUCCAAUAUUGAAUUAACUCCUUGUGAAUCAGCAAGUCAUAUUUUAACUCAUUGUCUACCGUCAAGUUACUUUAAAACUACACCACAUAGUAAAACUUAUGAUAUUGAUCAUGGAAACAAUAAUGGACGUGACAAAAUUGCUGCUUUCUCCCUACUUUCCACUGUUGAAAUUCUUUAUCAUGAUGACUUAUUGGUUGGUUACGUUUAUCCUUCAAUGCAUGAUAAAUCUCAUCCCAAUUCUACUUCUUGUUCAAGUGUUUCUAUCAAUAAAACUGAAUUGAAUUCUAAUCGUUUACCUCUACGUUUAUUACAUUUACCUCGUUCUACUCCACUAGCUGGAACUGCUGGUCUUGUUGAUGCUUUUGUUAGUUUGGAAGCAAGAGUAUUAGCUCGUGGUUUUAUGGUAGGUUGCAAAAAUAGUUUUUUUUUAAGAAAAAUAAUACUUUACGUUAUAGACUGUUUUCGAAGAGAUUGGUGGAAUGGGUGUAUGGCAAAGGUAUUGGUGUCAGCUACGAGCUGAUUAUCUACAUUUUUGGCGAUAUCCAGAAGAUGAACAACGAGCACAUUCUAACAAUGCAGUUAAUAACAAACAUUUACAUCCACCAUUGGGUAGAAUCGAUUUACGGCAUAUUGUUACACCUGGUGCUGUUAUAGCACCUCGUUCUAUUUGUGCUCGUUCAAAUACGAUUUAUAUGCGAUCUCUUCGUGAAAUUGAUCCCAAUUGUUUAUCAGCUUCUAUCAAUAAUAAUAAUAAUACUAAUAGUAAUAGCACUACAUCUGGGAUUGUUAAUAAAAAGAGGAGUUCAAAUGAAAGUCUGAUAUUCCGUGCUUCUACUGAUUAUAGAUGGUUGGAACAAAAACAUUUACUUUGUGCUGAUACAUCACAAGAACGUGAUGCUUGGAUUACAUGGUUAAAUGGUUGUAUAGAAUCUUUGAAAGAUUGGAUGCCAGGACAUUUCAAUUGUUUAUCUCGUUAUGAUGCUCAAUUAGAAUUUAAUCAACCAGUAUCAUCUCAACUGGGUGCUUUGUUAAUUCACGGUUUACCAUCACAAUCAUCAUCAUCAUCAUCGUCAUCUUCACCGGUAUUAACCAAAUAAACAUUGUGUGACAAUAAUACAUAAAUUUAAAAGUGUUAUCGCCACAUGUGCUAUUUUUCUCUCUUUUUUUUUCUCUUCAUUAAUCUAUUGUGUUGUACACGCAAAGCUGAUUGUUUCAAUACAUCAUUUUUAUUCUCUAAAUUUAAUUAAAAAAAAGAGUUCCUAAUAUACUUAAUGUACUCUCUCUUUUAUUUCAAGUACAUACCCCAUUUUAAAUUGAUUUCUCUUUGUAUAUACAUACAUAUAUAUAUAUAUAUAAAUCUGUGUAUUCGUUGCUUCUCUUCCUGAUUUACAUUGUCAACAGUAAUGAAAGUAGUUUGAUUGAACUAUUGUUUAAAAGAUAGUUUUCUUCUUCUUCUCUCUGUUCAUUAUUAGUGCUUCAUUUCAUCUUGCCUAUUUUCUAUUUCUACACUUAACAUUUCUCUAUAUAACAUUCAUUUCUCUAACAUUUAUAUGUUGUGUCUUGUUUUUAUUGACAAAUAUAUACAAUAAUAUAGUACAGUGUUAUUAUUCUUCAAUAUAAAUAAUUUAUAGGCAUGUCCAAUAAAAAUGCGAACUGACCUACUAGGGUUGUUAGUUAUGAAUAGAGUUGAGCAAACAAUCUGUUAAAUUUGUGUGCAAAACAUCAACUUUCU